AGCAAAACGACACCAAAACGCGAGAGACGGCUUUUUCACGAAUUUGCGUUCCUCGCCGGAUUGAAAGUUUAAAUCGCAAAAAAUACUUGUAAAAAAUCAAUUUCCAGUGGUAAAAACAGUGCAAACUACUUCCCGCCGCCAAGAUGCCUCGAAUCAUGAUAAAAGGAGGUGUCUGGCGCAACACCGAGGAUGAAAUCCUUAAAGCGGCCGUCAUGAAAUAUGGCAAGAACCAGUGGUCCCGAAUUGCCUCGCUGCUGCACCGAAAGUCCGCCAAGCAGUGCAAGGCGCGCUGGUACGAGUGGCUCGACCCGAGCAUCAAGAAGACGGAAUGGUCCCGCGAGGAGGACGAGAAGUUGCUCCAUCUGGCCAAGCUGAUGCCGACCCAGUGGCGGACGAUCGCGCCGAUUAUUGGCCGUACGGCGGCGCAAUGUUUGGAGCGGUACGAGUACCUGCUGGAUCAGGCCCAGCGCAAGGAGGACGGGGAGGAUGGUGGGAUGGACGACCCGAGGAAGCUGAAGCCGGGCGAGAUUGAUCCGAAUCCGGAGACGAAGCCGGCGCGGCCCGAUCCAAAGGACAUGGACGAGGACGAGCUGGAGAUGCUGUCGGAGGCGCGUGCCCGCUUGGCAAAUACGCAGGGCAAGAAGGCGAAGAGGAAGGCUCGGGAGAAGCAGCUGGAGGAGGCACGCCGAUUGGCCGCGCUGCAGAAGCGGAGGGAGUUGAGGGCGGCCGGCAUUGGGUUGGGCAACCGGAAGCGCAAGUUGAAGGGCAUUGAUUACAACUCGGAGAUUCCGUUUGAGAAGGAACCACAGGCUGGGUUCUACGACACGACUGACGAGUUUGUCGUUCCGAUAGCGGCGGAUUUCUCCAGCUUGAGACAGCAGAACUUGGACGGGGAGUUGCGCACGGAGAAGGAGGCGAGAGAGCGCAAGAAGGACAAGGAAAAGUUGAAGCAGAAGAAGGAGAAUGACAUCCCGUUGGCGAUGCUGCAGAAUCAGGAACCGGCGAAGAAGCGGUCCAAGUUGGUGCUGCCGGAGCCGCAGAUUUCCGAUCAGGAGUUGCAGCAGGUCGUAAAGUUGGGACGGGCCAGUGAGAUCGCCAAAGAGGUUGCGUCCGAGUCGGGUGUGGAGACGACCGAUGCUUUGCUGGCGGAUUACAGCAUUACGCCGCAGGUGCAGGCCACUCCCAGAACUCCGGCACCCGUCACGGAUCGUAUUCUGCAGGAGGCCCAGAACAUGAUGGCUCUCACCCACGUGGAUACUCCGCUUAAGGGUGGAGUCAACACUCCGCUUGUUCAGUCGGACUUUUCCGGGGCUCUUCCGCAGAGCCAAGUGGCUGCCACGCCGAACACGGUUCUGGCGACGCCAUUCCGUUCCGUUCGAGGACCUGACGGGGCGGCCACUCCGGUUGGUUUCCUUACGCCUGCAUCCGGUGCAAUGGUGCCGGUCGGAGCAACUCCCGGCGGUACCACCCACACGGGAGCCACGCCAAACUUUGUCCGGGACAAGCUGAACAUCAACGCCGAAGAGACGAUGUCGGUGGUGGAAACUCCCGCCGCUUACAAAAACUACCAGAAACAGCUGAAAUCAUCGCUGAAGGAAGGUCUUUCCUUGCUGCCGGCGCCUCGCAACGAUUACGAAAUUGUUGUACCGGACAAUGAAACCGACGAAACCGCCGACGACGGAUCGGGCGCCGAGCCGAUGGUGGCCGACCAGGCCGAUGUCGACGCCCAGCGUAAGAAGGCAAAACGUGCCCAAGAAGCGAAAGAACUAGCGCUCCGUUCGCAGGUCAUCCAGCGUGAGCUGCCGCGUCCCCUGGACAUCAACAUGACCGUGCUUCGUCCCCCGAACGAAAUGCAAGGUCUAACCGAGUUGCAGCGCGCCGAGGAACUCGUCAAGCAGGAAAUGGUCAAAAUGCUCAACUACGACGCAGUUCGCAACCCGGUGGUCAAUCCGCAAGCCCCGCCCACCAAGAAGAACCCGCUGUCCGCCCAUCUGUCCUACCUGGAGCAGCACCCGUACGAAGACAUUGAAGAAACCGACCUCGACCAGGCCAAAGAACUGCUGCGCGAAGAAAUGGGCGUCGUCAAAACCGGCAUGGCCCACGGCGACCUCUCGCUCGAAUCGUACACCCAAGUCUGGACCGAGUGUCUCUCGCAGGUGCUCUACCUGCCCUCCCAGAAUCGCUACACCCGCGCCAAUCUGGCCAGCAAGAAAGACCGCAUCGAAUCCGCCGAAAAGCGGCUGGAAAUCAACCGCAAACACAUGGCCAAAGAGGCCAAACGGUGCGGCAAGAUCGAGAAGAAGCUCAAAAUCCUCACCGGAGGCUACCAGGCGCGUGCCCAAGCCCUCAUCAAGCAGUACCAGGAAACCAACGAGCAAAUCGAACAGAACAACCUGGCCCUGUCCACGUUCAAGUUCCUCGCCGCCCAGGAGGACCUCGCCAUUCCGAAGCGCAUGGAAUCGCUCACGGAGGACGUGAUGCGGCAGACCGAGCGCGAAAAGACACUCCAGAAGCGGUACGCCGCGCUGACCGAGGAGUUUAGGGAUCUGUUCCGGGAGGAGUCACGACAGCCGCAACCGGUGGAAACGAGCCGUCAGAACGGACGAGGAGCAGGCGUGCAGAAACGGCUCGAGGAAGAACAGGAGAGCGAGAGUGAAGAGGAGGAGGAGGAGGAGGAGGAGGAGCAGGCGGUUGAACCUGUGGUUGAGGAAGCGGUGGCGGAGGAGGAAGAAGGUCCGGGAGAUCCAGAAGAAAAGGACGGGCGAGAAGAGGAGCAGCAGCCUGAACGGGAAAAACCAGCGGUGGCGGAAGAAGCUGAUGCCAUGGACUGUCAAGAGGACGAAGAUGGCCAGCCGAGUCACAAAGCCUCCUCAACUUCCUCCUUCUUCCACACCCACUAUUCCUCCAACCAUACCAAUUACCACAACCAACACCCCACCCCCUCCAAUCCCCCAAUACCAUAA